UUUGCUGCGCACUGCUAUGCGCUUAACCCAGGCGAGGAGGAGGAGAACAUUCCCCCAGAUCCGGGCAGACACCUCCGGCCCACACAGUCCUUCAUCUCCGUUUCUGCAGUCCUGGAAUAGAAGUCCGAUUACCCUGGCAGGAGAAAUGGCGUCUUCCCUUAAGAUGAAGCUCUAACUGAACGGAAGGAGGGAGAAACAGUCCUGAAUCUUUCAGGUCUGUCUGCCUUUUGGGCCCUACAGAACUAUAAGCCUGUUGGAAAAGGACAAACUGCUCCUCCUCACAGCAGAUUGGUCCUGCUUGGCUUGCAACCUCUAUAGAACUUGUGAGCCUUGCCCUGACGGGCACACAUCCUGCUUGGGCAAGCCAGCUCCACGCCCUGAUCAGAGAAUCGUUUGAGCUGCACCAUGAGCCGAGUUCGGGAUGCUGGCUGUGUAGCUGCUGGGAUAGUGAUCGGGGCAAGUGCCUGGUACUGUGUCUACAAAUACACCAGGAGAAGAAACCAGAUGAAGAAGAGACUGGCUAAGCCCAAGACCAGGGCUCUGGCAGGGACUGGAGCCAGGGCUAGAUCAGGACUAAGGGCUGGAUUCACAAUUGACCUUGGGCCAGGAUUCCAUCCUCCAACUCCAGUCUGCACUGGGGCAGAGGACAAGGCCCAGGAUGAAGCCUCUGCCCUGUACAUAAAUGCAGCUGAGGUAGUGGCCCCAGCUGCAUUCAGUGCUGAGGCUCAGAGUGGGGCUGGAAGUCAGGCCCUGGAAACAGAAGGGGCCUGGUUUGGGCCUCAGUCCGAAUCAGUAGUUGGGGCGGAAGUGGCUUCUACAAUGGCACCACCUCAAGGGGAGGCAGAGGCCCUCAUAACUGCAGAGGUCCCCACAAUGGCAGGGGCUCCCAAAAUGACAGACACCCCUGGCACAACAGAAGUUCCUCGAAUGCCUGCGGUGCCUCCCGGGACUCCAGCACCUACUGAGGCAGCAGCACCUACUGAAGCAGCAGAAGCUCCUGUACUGGCCGCACUUUCUGAGGCUGUAGAGGCUCUGGGGACCUCAGGGUCCCCUAAAACAGUGGCAGCCACCAAGAAAGCAACUCCUGGGUCUCAGACUGGGGCUAUACCUAAAGCCGGGUCAGCGACUGGAGCUGUACCCAAAGGUGGAGCCAAGGGUGGAACCAGGUCCCGGACUGGAGGCAAGGGCAAGGGCAAGAAAAACAGCAAGGUUGAAGUAGACCAAUUGGGGCUGGGAUUCCGCCCUGGGGAUGGGGCUGCAGCAGCUGCUGCAGCCUCUGCUAAUGGGGGACAGGCCUUCCUGGCAGAGGUCCCUGAUUCUGAGGAAGGGGAAUCUGGGUGGACUGACACAGAGUCAGAGUCAGACUCUGAGCCUGAGACCCAGCAAAGAGGAAGGGGGAGGAGACCCGUUCCCAUGCAGAAGCGCCCCUUUCCUUAUGAUAUUGAUGAGAUUCUGGGUGUCCGCGAUCUCAGGAAAGUACUUGCUUUGCUUCAGAAAUCGGAUGAUCCUUUCAUCCAGCAGGUAGCUUUGCUCACUCUGAGCAACAAUGCCAAUUAUUCAUGCAACCAAGACACAAUUCGCAAAUUGGGAGGCCUCCCAAUUAUUGCAAAUAUGAUCAACAAAACCGAUCCCCACAUUAAGGAAAAAGCCUUAAUGGCCAUGAAUAACCUGAGUGAGAAUUAUGAAAAUCAGGGCCGGCUUCAGGUAUACAUGAAUAAAGUGAUGGAUGAUAUCAUGGCCUCAAACCUGAACUCAGCAGUACAGGUAGUUGGACUAAAAUUUUUAACAAAUAUGACUAUUACUAAUGACUACCAGCACCUGCUUGUCAAUUCUAUUGCAAACUUUUUUCGUUUGUUGUCUCAGGGAGGUGGAAAAAUCAAGAUUGAGAUUUUGAAAAUACUUUCAAAUUUUGCUGAAAAUCCAGAUAUGUUAAAAAAGCUGCUCAGCACCCAAGUGCCAUCAUCAUUUAGUUCCCUCUAUAAUUCUUAUGUGGAAUCAGAAAUUCUUAUUAAUGCUCUUACUCUCUUUGAGAUCAUCUAUGACAAUCUCAGAGCAGAAGUAUUCAACUACAGAGAAUUCAAUAAAGGUUCCCUUUUUUACUUGUGCACUACAUCUGGGGUGUGCGUUAAGAAAAUUCGAGCCUUAGCAGAUCACCAUGACCUCUUGGUGAAAGUGAAAGUUAUAAAACUAGUUGACAAAUUCUGAUUGGCUAUGUGCUCUCAAAAGACUUGAAGACAUUUCUUGGUUUUGCAGUCUGGAAGCAAUGAAAAUUGAAAGUUACUGCUUCUCUAUUUGCCCAUAUAGUAAAGUGAUCCUUUCAGCUGCCAGUUUUGAAUAAUGUAUCAUCCAGAGUGAUAUUAUCUGUGACAGUCUCCAGCUUUAAGCUGAACCAUUUGAUGAAUACCAAAUAAAUAGUCCUCUUGUACUGAAAACACAUUUGUGACUAAUUAUGCUGCUUGAAUGGAAAUAUUUUUAUUGGUUCCUCUGUGAAUUGACAGUGAACUUGUCCAUUAUUAAUAGCCUACACUUCUAUCAUUUGUUUUUAUUUGAAUCUAUCCACCAAAGACUUCAUUUGUGUAACAUCAAUAAAGUUGUAUGUUUUGGCU